CGCACCCCCAGAGUCUCGCCUGCUUCUGGGACGGGCGCUCAUCAGCUAUCUGACAAGACAGCUUCAGUGCUGCUGUGGACGACCUUCCAACUUGGAGAAGGAGCAGAGGGAGCCUAGGACGAAAGCGGCGCUGCCCCUUUGCGCUCUUCCGUAAUGCUGCAAGCUCCAGAGACUAUGCAGGCUUUGACGUCCGCACCGUGGGGUUUCACAAGUGGGGAUACAUCCCAGAAACUUCCAGCCGGGUCCCAGAGUUCAUUUGUCUCCCCACCGAAAGAUCUUCGUCUCUCAAUGGCAUUGGAGGAUUCGUUACGGAUUUCUGUCUCUGCUCUCGUGUUUGCUGCCUUCUGUGGACUGGGAAUACUGAUGCCUUUUUGUCAGCCACAAAAGCUUAGAAUUCGGGGGAUGGCCUGGCGAUGGCUCGGCAUCUAUGCAAAUGGACUAGUGUGCUUGGCUUCUCUGCUGGUCCUUGUGGCCCUCCUGCUCUGGAUUUACGACCAAGGACUCUCUGCUGCCCUCAUUCUGCCCAUCAUCCUCCUCGUCUAUGUGUUGAUGGUCACCUUGCUGUUAGUGGUCACUCUCAUAUUCCAGCUGGACAUCCUUCAUCAGGUCACAGACAAGGCAGGACAACGCCUGUUGAACUUCACCACCCCUGGAGGGAUGAUCUUGAUUGUUGUGACAUCCAGUCUGCUCAUAAAGCAGAUUUAUUUGCUCCAAGAGAAGGGGACUGCUGAGCCAGUUGACCUAACAGCUGUCAUAGCUGGAACAUCUGGGAUCUCUCUCCUUCCACUAGUAGUUAUCAAAGUGUUCUAUUGCAUGGAUCUAAGAAAGCAAGAAGUGGAAGAGCAAAUUUCGCGAAGGGAAAAAGGGAAGGAGAAUAUCUGAGACACAAUGAAACUGGGCCUCUUCUCCAGAACCUUCUUCUGUACUCCCUUGAAGACCAGAGGGGAGCAUGUGUGCUCAUGCCACGCUUGUCUUGUUGGACGUUCCAGGCUUUCCAUGUAGACUCCCACUCCAAUGCUUUCUAAAAUGCUUGGGCACUGUAGCUGGUCAAAACCAGCUGGGUGUUCAGAAUCCCACACAAGAACCAA